UUUAUGCUAACUACGUUUCAACUUUCUUCAUUUUCUUCUAAUUCUUUCAACACUCUACACUCACAUUCUCAACACUCUUGCUUUGGAGAUGGAGAAGAAACUCAUGCAUGCUAUUCAGUACAUUGCCUAUGGUGGAGGAUCCAAUGCCUUAAAGCAUGUUGAAGUUCCGGUACCAAGUCCUAGUAAAGACGAGGUAUUGAUAAAAUUGGAAGCAGCUAGUAUAAAUCCAUUUGAUUGGAAAGUACAGAAACGCAUGUUGUGGCCAAUUUUGCCUCCCAAGUUCCCAUAUAUACCUUGUACUGAUAUAGCAGGAGAGGUCACGGAGGUUGGUAAAGGUGUUAAAAAGUUCAAACCAGGCGACAAAGUUGUAGGCUUAGUCAGCCCCUUUAGUGGCGGAGGACUAGCCGAGUUUGCUGUUGUUAAGGAGAGUAUCGCUGCUUCAAUACCACCAGAAAUCUCAGCAGCCGAUUGUGCCGGCUUACCAGUCGCUGGACUAACAGCACUUCAAGCACUCUCAAAAUCCAUAGGGAUCAAACUCGACGGAAGCGGCGAGCGAAAAAACAUUUUGAUCACCGCUGCAUCAGGCGGUGUAGGCCACUAUGCAGUUCAAUUAGCAAAGCUAGGUAACACUCAUGUGACAGCCACAUGCGGCGCUAGAAACAUCGAAUUCGUCAAAAGUUUAGGAGCCGAUGAGGUAAUUGACUAUAAGACACCAGAUGGUGCUGCAUUAAAGAGUCCAUCCGGUAAGCAAUACGACGGAGUGGUUCAUUGUGCAGCGGAAUGUCCAUGGUCAAUUUUUGAGCCUAAUUUAAGUAUGAAUGGUAAAGUUGUAGAUAUAACUCCUAGCUCAAGUUCAAUGAUGACAUUUGCACUUAAGAAAAUUACUUGUUCCAAAAAACAACUUGUGCCUUUGCUUUUAAUUCCAAAGGGUAAGGAUCUUGAAUAUCUUGUUGAUUUGGUUAAGCAAGGAAAGCUUAGAACAGUUAUAGAUUCUAAAUAUCCUUUAACUAAGGCUGAAGAUGGUUGGGCUAAGAGUAUUGAUGGUCAUGCAACUGGGAAGAUUAUUUUUGAGUUCUAAUUAUGCAUUAUAGUGCUUUAUAUGUAUACACUACAUUAUAAUGUGAAUUGAUAGAGUAAUGUAAUGUUGUGCAGUUUGUGUCCCUCUACAUUUUUUUAUAUAUAGAUAGUGUAUUUAAUGUGUUCAUUUUAUAAAUAAAUGUUUCUAAA